UGACAAUAAGUAACAACAUUCACAACCAAGAUAUGCUAACAAAAGUAACAUCAUUCACAACGUUGUAUGGCUGUGAGCCAGCAACCAUUCUUUUUGGCAAAUGGCAGUAGCUUUGGCUAAAUACAGUAACAAAUAAAGUAGAGAACAUACUAAUUACAAAUGAUGUCAGGAGGGGUGGGGUGACCAACCAUGCAAGAUUACCCACUCUGCUGCGAUACUUAAUCAUGUGUGCAGACUUGUACUGAUGGUCAGGUCAUAUUGACGGUGUCUGGGCUGAAAUGAAAAAUAGUUCAGUAGAUAAUAGUAGUGUUGGUAUAUUGGUACUCUAUACAAAUGAUUCGGAAGCACCAAAUGAUUCUUUUUACCAAACAUAUUGGCAUAACCAAUGAACGAAGAUUAGAAACAAAAACUCAAUAGUGAGAUGAUGAGCUUCAAUGUCACAGCGAGUGCAGCAAAAACAUGAACGUCAGGUGAGAUGGGCAUUGAGUGAGAGCGCAGGCGCAACUUCUUCACGGCCACCUACAAUGGCCGCGUUAAUAGGCCUGCGAUGGCCUUAACAAAUUGCCACCUUUUGGAAUUCCUCUUUGAUUAGCAAUUGAGAGUGAGUAAAACACCUUGCCUACUAGCAAUCUUGGAUGUCAGUAAGGAAAGUUGAAAGAUGUGAGAUAUGAUGGGUUUGAUUAAGGUGCAUGGACUGUUGAUGACUUUCUGUUACCAAGUGAGAGCGGAAGAAAGUUAGUUGGUCACAUAAGAGAACAAAUGGUUACAUAGGUGUAGGAGAGUGCAGAGAAUUUCAGUGGUGGGCGGUUAUAGAAUUUUCAUGGUACGGUAUCAGUGGAUAUAAGUGUAUGCUACAAACUUCAGGCUCAGCUGAACUUGCUGCUGUUGGUGUAUCGAUUUCGGUCUUUAAUUUGGUGUCGAAGUUGUUUAAUGUUCCACUUCUUAAUGUGACAACAUCCUUUGUUGCUGAGCAGCAGGCAAUCGAUGUUGAUUAUGGAGGACCAGGGAAAAAUGAAUUUCGAAGAUUUUCAGAUAAGUUGGCUGGACAAAGGAAGUCUCUUCCAGCGGUUACAACAUCAUUGGCUCUAGCUGCUGGUAUUGGGUUGAUGGAAACCGUGGCACUUGUUUUUGGAUCUGGGACACUGAUGGACAUUAUCGGUAUACCCAUGGAUUCUCCAGUGCGAAUACCAGCAGAGCAAUUUCUUACUUUUAGGGCAUAUGGUGCUCCACCUAUCAUAGUAGCACUUGCAGCACAGGGUGCAUUUCGUGGGUUGAUGGAUACAAAGACUCCUUUGUAUGCUAUUGGUGUAGGUAACCUAGUAAAUGCAAUACUUGAUGCCAUACUUGUUUUUCCGCUUGGUCUAGGAGUAAGAGGUGCUGCCCUGGCAACUGUCACCUCUGAGUACUUGAUAGCUUGCAUCCUACUCUGGAAGUUGAAUAGAAAAGUAGUACUCUUCUCAGGAAACAUCAUUGGUGGGGGAGUACUCCGAUAUCUGAAAUCAGGUGGAUUGCUGAUUGGUAGAACUGUCGCAGUACUCCUCACCAUGACACUGUCAACAUCCCUUGUUGCAAGGGAAGGACCUGUUCCAAUGGCUGGUCAUCAGUUAUGCUUGCAAGUAUGGUUAACAAUCUCUCUACUCAAUGAUGCACUAGCUCUUGCUGGACAGGCUCUACUUGCAACUGAAUAUACGAAAAGGAAUUACAAGCAGGCCCGCAUGGUUCUAUACAGAGUUCUGCAGAUUGGAGGUGUGAGUGGUAUGGCAUUGGCUGUGAUCCUAUACUUUGGAUUUGGGUCUUUCUCCUUGCUGUUCACUGAUGAUCCAGCUGUUUUGGACAUUGCCAAAUCCGGAGUCUGGUUUGUCGCCAUUUCUCAGCCAAUAAAUGCUAUUGCUUUUGUGGUCGAUGGGCUGUACUACGGUGUAUCGGACUUCGCAUAUGCCGCGUACUCCAUGUUCUUCGCAGGAGCAGUCUCAUCUGCAUUCCUACUUGUGGUUGCUCCUGAGUUCGGCCUCGGGGGCGUCUGGGCUGGUCUCGUUCUUUUCAUGAGUUUGCGGGCAGUUGCGGGUUUGUGGAGGUUAGGGAGCAAAGGUGGACCCUGGAAUUUGAUCUUCUCAGAUACUGAGUUACAUGACACAGUGUGACCCUAGAUAGAUGGAUAAGAAAGAAGAUGGAGACAGAAAAAUAACCAUUGAUUUUCUUGUACAGUCAAAAAGCAAUUACAUGUAUAUAUAGAUCUAGUGAAAGUUGCAAAUUUAUUUUCUUGCUAGGCUUGUUGUCACCAAGGCAGAUAAGCUGUGAAUCCUGUGCAAUGUAGUUGUCGUGUAGACUAACGGUAGAAGCAUCCUAUUGUUUGGUUAUAUAAGAGCUGUUGUAACUUGUUAGUGCUACAAAAGGUUGGUUUAGCUGUUCUGUAUAAUAUCUGUACAAGAAAUAUAUACAGUUUGCUACGGCCAACAUGCACAUGGAAUAUUGCAAUUUCUGCUAUGAAAUGAAAGUGCUGUUACUAUUUUUUU